AUGAAAUAUCUUAGCGACUGGUCUCAAUUAUAAUUUUUCCCUUUGUAAUAAUAAUCCAUUAUAAUGUGGCGGGGAAGCUUUUUGGCUCCCUCUUUUAACAGAACCUCUCCCCUCUUUUCAUUCUUUACCAAAUUCCCGUUGCUAUCAAUUUUUCGAAGUGUUUCCAACAAUUUCCGCUGCCCACUUCUCCAUUACCAUAGUUGCCAUUUUCCUAAGCCUCUUCACUAUAUUCAAGCCUAUCAAUUCGCUAUGGAUAGAAGAGCCCGUUUUUGCAGUUUUGCUCACUCUACGACUCCUCAGAUUCAUGAGUCCUCUGUAUCGGGUACAAAUAAAGUUUCCAGAAAGUCAAACAAGAAAGCAAGGCAGGAAUCACCUGAGUGGGUACUUAAAUGGAAGCUUGAUAGCUGCUCGAAGAGUGGUGACCUUGUUGAGGCCCUUCGCUUGUAUGAUGAGGCACGAAGUAAUGGUAUCCAGCUUACCCAACACCACUAUAAUGUGUUGCUCUAUUUGUGCUCUUCUGGUUCUUCGGUUGAAUUGAAAGGAGAUAGGGUUGUUGCAAAUGCCUCUGAUUUGAGUUUUAAAAGGGGUUUUGAGAUUUAUCAACAGAUGGUUACAGAUAAGGUUGCUCCAAAUGAAGCUACUUUUACAAAUGUAGCUAGGUUGGCUUUUGCAUCGGAAGACCCAGAAAUGGCUUUUGAUUUGGUUAAGAAGAUGAAAGGCUUUGAUAUCCUGCCAAAAUUGCGUUCGUAUGGACCGGCCUUAUUUGGAUUCUGCAAGAAGGGGAUGGCUGAUAGAGCUUAUGAAGUUGACACUCACAUGGCUGAAUCUGAAGUGAUUGCUGAAGAGCCUGAGCUCUCUGCUCUUUUGAAAGUUAGUGCUGAUGCGAAGAGGGUAGAGAAGGUGUAUGAGAUGCUGCAUCGGUUGCGAUACACUGUGAGACAAGUUUCUGAUUCCACUAUUGGGAUUAUUGAGGAUUGGUUCAAGUCUGAGGAUGCUUCAAAACUUGGGAAGCAGAAUUGGGAUGUGAACAAGGUAAGGGAAGGAAUUGUGAGGGGAGGUGGAGGUUGGCACGGGCAAGGGUGGUUGGGGAGUGGGGAGUGGAAAACAGUGAGAACUAAAAUUGAUGAGCAGGGUAUUUGUUGUUCUUGUGGUCAGAAACUUGUUUGUAUUGAUAUAGAUCCAAGAGAAACAGAAAACUUUGCUACUUCAUUAGCCAACUUGGCUUGUCGAAAAGAAGUUAAGGCUGACUUUGUUCUGUUCCAGGAGUGGCUGAAGAAGCACGGUCCAUUUGAUGCAGUUAUAGAUGGAGCCAAUUUGGGUCUUGUUAAGCAAAAGACUUUCAGCUUUUACCAGCUUAAUUCCGUGGUUGGUGAGGUACGUCAAAUGAGCCCAUCGAAGAGACUGCCUCUUAUUAUUUUGCAUAGAAGUCGUGUUACUGGUGGUCCAGCUCAGAAUCCUAAUAACAAGAAGUUGUUAGAGUUUUGGAAAAAAUCUGGGGCACUUUAUUCUACUCCUGCUGGUUCAAAUGAUGACUGGUACUGGUUAUAUGCAGCUGUUAGUUGCAAGUGUUUAUUGGUGACAAAUGAUGAGAUGAGGGACCACCUUUUCCAGUUGCUAGGGACUUCAUUUUUUCCACGAUGGAAGGAAAAACAUCAGGUUCGGGUAUCUGUAUCAAGAAGUGGACCUGCUCUACACAUGCCACCGCCUUGUUCAAUUGUCAUUCAGGAGUCUGAAAAUGGUAGUUGGCAUAUCCCAACUGUCACAGAUGAUCUUGAAACACGAAGGCAAUGGUUAUGUGCUACCAGAGAAAGGCAUAAUUACAGUGACAAUAACUUGGCAGUUUCUGUUGCAUGAAAGGCCACAUUAAUUGCAUGAAAGGAGUAAGCUACAGUGACAAUAGCAGAUAGAUCGAGUAUGAUCUACGUUUUGGAAACAUUUGACACAAAAUGUGAAAUGAGUAGUGAUAAUUGUAAUUAUAAUUUUACAUUUUCAUUCUUGUCGAAGUAAGAUGAAAUGUUAGUUCUUCUCUGGUA